AGAGCCGCAACGCUGGUAACUGGCACUUACAACGGUAUCAUUUAUCCUUAGCUGUUACUGAUCCGGAACUCCGCGUGUUUCUGACAAACCUACGUUCGGUUUUGCAGACACCGCAGGACACCGCAUCAUAUGAUUCGUUCUCGUUGCUCUGCCAUGCAGCAUCCGCGGAUGAUCAAUACUGCGCAUGACCGUAUCCAUCCAGUCGCCCUGGCCAAAAUGGCGAGCGUUUGGCGUUCACGAGACCUUCUCGCCCCGAAACCUUCCUUGUUCCCUUCCGUUUCACUGUCGACCUUCGCGUUUCGUUUGACAUGCAAUCGGUGAUCUCGACUCCCUGUUUCAUCACAGGCCCGUGGGUAUUGCAAGUGGUGACUGUAGGAAGUAUUUUAGCAGUGUCGACGAAUCACAUCGACUUGGUUUUGCCGGGGAUCCCUGGAAAUGUAAUAGGGGAUGUUGAGGCACUGCAAAAUAAAGCAUUUUCCUCGUUGCGGACUGUACCAUUCGUGGAAAUGAAAAAUACAUAUAUAUUGCUUGGUGAAGAGGUAAAAUGAGAAUUGCACCUUUUCCUUUUUGAAGUCAGUGAAGAGAGAACAAGAGCUAUGGGUAGCAGCUGUUCUUCUGCACAAAAGAAGGACAAGGAUCGUUCCAAGAAGAAGAAAAAAGGCAGUUGUUCUCCUGAAGGAAGGCGGCGCAGUUCAGUGCGCUCCACCGACAGCCUACCCUAUGGCAAGGAGUCGACACCACCACCUUCGCGAUCUGACCCAUCCGUUGCUGCUACUGCUGGAAUUACAGCACCCCCUUUAGCUCCAGUUGACAUGUCUUUAACAGAAGUGCAGCAGAAUAGUGGCUCCCUUGCAUCUCCAGCUCCUCAGGUCACAAGCCCAGCACCAGGCAGUGACACCUUCUCGGAUGACGGGUUGCCGUGCUUGCAGUCCUUCCCAGAUGAUGUGCAGGCACUGUUGCUUGGCCGGCUGGGUGCUGUGCCUGCAUCCUUGUUGGCUGCUGGCAGCCGGCUUAUCAGCCUUUACAUCUGUUGUGGUCUGGCUGACAUGGAGGCUGAGCGCACACACUUGGAACAGCAUAUCUACCCCAGUGUGCGUGCCUAUGCUGCUGACAAAGGCUACGAUCUCAAUGUGGUGGACCUCCACUGGGGCGUCCAGGUGGAGGCCAUGGAUCGCGCCACCUUUGCACAUCUUUGCCACCUGACCAUUACACGACUGCGCACACAAGGCCACUUUCUGGCACUGGUACUUUUGAAUGAAAAAUUGGAAAAUCAGCUACCACACAUCUUACCUGCAAGCUUGCCUAGCGAUGUGCUGAUGUGUGUUAUUGAUGCUGUGGAGUCGCCAGAACAGAGGCAGCUGCUCCUGGAUUGGUACAUGGAAGACUUGAAUAGUGUCCCAAAGUGCUAUAGACUUCGUGCUAUACGUGAGAAUAUACCAGACAUUGUGUCUGUGGAUCCCUCAGCACAAACUGCUGCUUUUGAAUUGUGGCAAAAGCAGGCAUCACAAAUGGUGGAGGCAUUGAGAUCUACUCUGUCUGCAGAACAGCGUGGAAAGUACCUUGUGUCAGUGGUGGAAGAAGAACUGGAAGCUGCUGUGUUGACUGAAAGUCAGAAACCACUUUGUUGUCUCUGGAUGGAGCGAAGGUUCACUCACAGGGGACCCCAGCGGAGCAACAGUGUUGUUGGCACAUUAGUGGAACCAGCUGAGGGCUCUGGUCCCGUCGACCUUUCUGACUCAAAACGGUACAACCUAGUCAGGGCUCAGCUGGAGGACAGGCUUCCCGAGUCACAGAAGCUGGUGCUACGUGUUAAGUGGUCAAAGGGAGGGCCCAGCGCUGAGGAAAAUACUGAGUAUUUUGAUGAACUAAGCACUACGCUUAGCCGAGACCUGAAAGCCAUGGUGGACACUGUUGUUGAAGAAGAUGAAAGUGAUGAAACAACUCGACCAUGCCGAGGAAUAGAGCAGCAGCUAUAUGUGGAGCUGGUGCAGCAGGCGCAGACAUGCCUGUCGCUUUCGGAAACCUUGAUAGGACGAACAGAGAAGCUUGUUCAGCUGGAGAAGUAUCUUCGGAGCAAGCUGCGCCAUCCAAUCGUUUUGCAUGGUGUCAGAGGCAGUGGCAAGAGCACUCUGCUUGCCAAGGUGGCUCAGAUGUGCGAGACCUGGGUGCCUGAUGCACCUGUCAUUGUGCGCUUUGUGGGCACUUCACCUGAUUCAGACACCCAGCAGCAGCUACUGCGAAGCAUUUGUGAGCAGUGCUGUGCACUCUAUGGAAUGCACACAAUAUUCGCAUCCAAGAGUAUUGCUGAGCAGCGGGAGGUACUAGGCAUUCUCUUGGACAAGGUGUCAUCUCAUAGGCCUCUCAUCAUCCUCCUUGAUGGAUUGGACCAGGUGACCAAGCAUAGUGCUUGCACCUUUGACUGGCUACCAUCUGAAUUGCCUCCCUAUGUCAAGGUUGUGCUUACAGUCCGUGAUGGAAGCAAAGAACUCGAUGGCCUCAAGGCUAAACUCAAGAAUCAGGAGCAAUGUUUUAUAGACUUGGGACCCUGUGGUGUAGAGCAAUGCAAGAACAUUUUCCGCAAAUCUUUGGAAAGACGUAGCAGAACUGUGAGUGCUAAGCAAUUUGAAAGUGUUAGUGCAUCAUUACAGCAGUCACCAAGCCCUCUAUUUGCCACACUUCUAGCAAGCGCUGUGUCACACUGGCAUGGAACAGAUGAACCCUCCAUAUUUCACUCUGAAGCCGAAGUAGUGUCUUUCCUUCAUGAUCAACUAAAGAAGGAGGUGCAUCCCAAAGUCACAUCCUUAGUAUUGGGACUCUUGAGUGCCUCACGCCACGGACUUUCUGACAAAGAAAUUAUUGAUGUAGUCUCCUCAAAUGAAUCGCUGCUUACUGAAAUGCCUCUCUUGCAUCGCAAGAGGCUACUGACACAAUGCCCAUUUGCUGUCUGGGCCUUGGUGCGAGUGGGCUUGGACAAUUUUCUAAGGGUCAGGGUUGUGGAGGGUUACGUGCUCAACACGUGGUGUAGUGAUUCAUUUCGGACGUUGUGCACAGAACACCACCCAAGUUUGGAGGCUACUCAUGUGUGCACACUGGCACUCUUCGACUAUUUUCAGUCUGUCUCAAGCACGGAUGUCUUAUCAAUUACAAGUGCAAAUGAAGCAGACAAAGGGAGCCAGUGUGUUCUCCCCCAUGUCCCCAAAAAUGCUGUUUUUUCGAACCGACGAAAACAUAAUGAGCUGCCUUUCUACUGUCUUCAUCUCAACUAUCUGGCACGUGAAAAUUUGGCAAGUGUUGAUACACUUUUGUCAAGACUUCAGGUGGCUAAUGGCCCAGCUGGUGACAGUGCGCCUGUAAAAUGCAGUGACAGUAGUGACAGCAGUGAAGCUCUUGGACAGAUUGUUCGGAGCCAAUUUCUGCUGAAUCCUGAGUGGCUACAGAUAAAGGUCUGCUGCUGUGACCCCUACUUUCUGCUUGAAGAGCUCGACAUGUUCCUGAAGUUGAAUCCUGCUGACACAGAGUGUGCUAUGCUUCGGGAACUGGUUCAGUUGUCCAGCUAUGCAUUGCGCUAUGAUGGAAGGCAAUUUGCAGCGCAUGUAACAGCACGGUUUCGAAAGAUAAUUGCCAGUGAAGUAUCUGGUCUAAAAUUUCCCCAUCUAAAGAACCUCUAUGAAAUGGCACGUCGGUUUCCCUCUUUGGUGCCAGUCAGUGACUAUCUGCGCGAACCAUCCAAGGAGCCAGCAUCAACAGCUUCACAUGAAGAGGAGAAGGGCCGAACAUUGGGGCAGCUGUACACCAUCAAAGGUGAUGCCAGUCACAUGGUGUCGCUCAACCGCAGUGACCUGUUAGUGUGGGAUGUGUUUGGUGAGAGCAUCGUGCGGCGCCUUACCGGCUUGUCGGAGCCCCGGGACCUCAAAAUGGUGGACCGCUUCCGUGCCUUAGUGCUCUGCAACCGGGAACUUAAGGUAUAUUCGCUAGAUGAAGGACGCCUUCUGGUGAAAUUGAAAGGGGUUAUGAACCAGAAGAUGGCGUACUUUGGUUUGCACAGCCAGGACUAUGUGGUGGCACUUUCCAGGAAUCGUAUGUACGUAAAUAUGCUCAACCUCAGCAGUGGAGACUUGGAGACUACCUUCAAGGUGGGCGAGGACAGGUUUCUCAACAGUCUUCUGGUCAGCGGCAAUGGCAAGAUAUGUGUAUGUGGGGAUGAGACACAAAAGCCAUUCCCAUUACUUGUUUGGGACCUGGCCAAUCGAAAACUACUCUAUGACCUUCGUAUUCCACACCAUGAAUUUAUUACCCGCCUUUCAGCCAUAAGUGGUGAUGGACACUACGUUGUUUGUGUCUGCAGGGAGCUGAGUGACAGUGCACCAAAUUUCAUCAUUGUCUAUGACCUGCAAAGUGGGACAUUGUUCAAAAAAUGGAAGCCUGAACGAAACAGCUGCAGCAUUGCCAUUUCCUCUCAAGGUGGCUGUGUUGUCAAUGGGCUUGACAAUUGCUUUGUCCUUGUGUGGGACCUUGCUACAGGAGCAAGAAGGUACACAUUAAAAGGCCACAAUGCUCCUGUAGAUCAAAUUCGCCUUGAUGAAUCUGGUUUCAAGUCACUCACUUACAACUCAGAUGGCAUUGAUCGAAGUGUUCGUGUCUGGGACGUCAUGAAAGGGGAGUGUUUGGCAGUGUUCACACCUGAUUUGGCCGUGACCUGCUGUGAACUGACCCUGGAUGGAAAAGCAGUAGUGAUGGGGCUGGAAGGACACGAUCGUGUCUUCUGUCAUCUGCUACACGAAGGCGACCAGAGCCCAUCACAGUCUUGUCCUGCAUCAAACACUUAUGGCAACGUCAGCAACUGUGGCAAAGUCUUUGAUGUCAGCCAACAGGGCUGAGCUGCUGUUUAGCCACUGCCUCUGUUACCAACUCAUGAAAGCGGUAUGGUGGCUCAGCUGGUGCUAGCCAGAGAGAGAGAUAGAGAGACAACAAAUAGCUGUUCAAAUGCAACUUCUUGUUCUGUCUAGCACCAGCUAGCAUUUUUUCCCAUGCCACAUGAGCUGCAGGUGAAGCAAAAUCUUCUUUCAGUUGGCUUUUUGCAAGCUAACCCUGCCUAUAAACAUGCAACAUGCUCACUUGUGUAGGCUGUCUGUAGUGAGAAUACAGAAAGGGCAAAGCUGAGGCUAUCAGUGAUCAUGGAAAAUUUCUAGAUAAUAUUGAUACAUUUGGAAAGAUGUGUUUGCCUUAUGCAAGAACCAUUUGUGUGUAGAUUCAGCCAGCUCUGAAGCAAUCCAACUGCAUCUAACUGCAGCAUACUUUGUCAACAGAAUAGUUGAUACUAUUGAAGAUUUGAAAGCUCACCUAUUUAAAUGAAUGUGAAUCAAAACAUACAUCUGCUGUAUCCCUCAGACAGUAUUAACAUGAUAAAUAUAUUAUGGUUCAUUAAUGAGGUACAGACAUAUGCUUUUCUUCAAAAGGCUGUACAUGCAAGUCAUGUAUUUUAUAAAUUCAGCCUCCAUUAGAUUCUUAAAAUGAUUUUGUAUACCAGAAAUUGGCAUUUCAAUGUCCCAAAGGUUUGAAAAACUGUAACAUUAAAACAACUUUUUUUGUGUGUGAAGCGGCAACUUUAAAUUGAUAGAUCAGAAAGUACUGCAUUUAUUAUAUAUUUUGUUAGAGAGGACUUUUGGCGACUCUGAAAAUAAAAAUAUAUAUGUAUAUAUAUUACAAUUAUAAGGUAGGCUAAGUAUGCUUGAUGCAACUGUAGCCAUGAACGUAAGCGCAGUGUGCUACAAAGCUGCAUUGCCACACAGAACCAAUCGCAUACACCUCUGUAGAAGAUUGCCCAUUGUAUUGGAACAUUCUAUCAGAGUCAUGAUGCACUGCUCAGAGGGGCCAGGUGCAUACAUACUGGGGCUGCUGUGUUUGCAUGGAUGAGGCCUUGCAGACAAUAGUGGACUGGGUUGUUGGACAGCUUUGUGCCACUAACUCUUUCAGUGUGCUCUCGCUUUCUUGCUAGCAUGCACUUGCCUGUACAUUCACAUCUAUAUUAUGUCUAUGGCAUUGAGACAUUGGCGUUCUCUGAAGUUUGGCCACCAAGUAGUUAAGUUUGCAAAAUUUUUAACCAUGAUAUUGGAGGAGUGGGGUGAAUCUCGCAUUAUAUUUGGAGCAUGGUUCUGAAUAUAGAAAAAGGCGCUUUCUCGGACUGGUAAUUUCACAACAAAGUGUCACAUUAUAUUUGUGGAAAUACAGUCCAUAGAUUAGGAGCACCACACCUUGUUGGUUGGAAGCAUACUAACAUGCAUGUGCUCCUAGCAGAACUCUGCCUGCUGUGUUAGCACAGCUAGUGCUUUGUUCCUAACUUUCUUCAUGAUUGAAGUCUGUCACAAGGCUUUGUAAGAAACACAGCAGGGGAAAAAAAAAGAUUCUAGAGUUUAACACGCUUGAAGCGUAAUAUGAUUAUAAGGUACAUUGUAGCGGGGGGCUCCUGAUUAAAUUGAACUACCUGGGGUGUUUUAGCAUGCAUCUAAAUUGAAGUAUGCAUGAGUGUUCUUGCAUUUUGUCCGCAUCUAAAUGCAACUGCCAUGACGAGGAUCAAACCCACCACCUUGAGCUCAGCAGCACAACGCCACAGCCACUAAGCUACUGCGACAGGUGCUGCAGCAGUGAGCAGUUAUCUCAACACCAAUAUCAGACUUGGAAAGCACAGUUUUAGGUCCCGUUUCACACUGAAAAAAAUGGCUGCUACUGGCUAGCAAGAAUACCUUCUAUUGCCAAAAUGGACAAUUUGCCGAGAAAGUUGGAGAAACAAAGAGCUUGUUAAGUGAACGGAAAAGAGAAAGUGAAGUUAUGAAAAACUUACAUGUGCUUAGCAAAGUGCUUUUCUUUUCUUGUGUGAAGCAUGAAAAGUUGCAAUACCAGAAAUGUACAUCAAUAAUAAUGCUCACUGCCACAAAGAUAUUGACAGAUGUGUAUCACAUCUUGGUGCUCACUGUAUGUGCAUGUGUGCAAAAGCUCAUCCUUUUUAAUAUUUUGUGUUCAGCUACUGAUCCUACAGUUUGUUGAAAAGUUGCUUGGUUCCCAUUGAGAUUGCACACAUUGGCCUGUUUGCUGAUUGCAUAGCAGCUGUAAAUUCUGAAGUUUAUAGGCUUAGCAUGGGCAGUAGGUGACCUUUUUUACUUUUUUAAUGGAAGAGCACCACAAAAGUGUCAGAAAACAUGAAUUUACAUAAAAUUGUGUAAUUGCAGUUUACUUUGCCAGCAGCUGGAAUGCUCUUGAACACCCUUUUUUUCUCAGACUUGCAGUAAGGCAUGGCAUUACUUAGUUGAGUUUUUUGUUAAAGACUUGUUUCAUGGCCUUCGAUGCGCAGUCUGACGUGCUGUGCCAAUGCCAAAGGGUAAAAAGAAUGGGAGAUGGAAGAGAUCAUCACAAGAAUGGCUUGCAUAGCUUGAAUGCAACUUCUAAAAAAAUGUUCAAAUCUUGAUACCACAGGCGAUCAAAGGCUGUUUCGUUUGCUGUUCACUCAAUCAUGGCACCAUAAGGCUUGGCAGCCAAACAGUACUUGGAAAGACAACUACCAUACCACAUGAAAUGUAGCUAGUUUUGUCAUUCACCACGGCAAUAUUUGCAAUGUGGAACAUGCAGAUCUUGUCCUGAAAAUAGAACAAACAAUGAUGUAGUAUGAAUGUUCAGUCGCUGUUAUACAACAGUCCCUUAUGAAGGCCAUGGCAGUGCCACAAUAAAGUCCAAAUAAUCAAGCGAGUCAGAAAAAUUGGUCAGCGACUGCUGCAGGUAGAUAAAAAAAAGCAACUGGUAUGCUUUGUUUUUUACUUAUAAUUGGUACUCAAGCAUGAGCUACUACUCUUGCUUCUACUUCAAGUACCUCCCAUCUAAAUCAGUAAGAUUGUCCUCCUAUUCUGAGACAGUGCACUUCAGUUUCUGUGGCUGGAAAUGUUGCCACACAAAUGUAAACAUAAGCAUUCUCUCUCAUGAAAUGGAUUCACAGCAUUUUAGUUUAAAAGUUUAUAUGUCUGUACCUCUUUAAGCAGCUGCCUCUUCACAGCUUUUGUGGCAAGAAUAAGAACACCAUAAUAUGUUGUAUUCAAAUAGUAAAAUGUCAAAGCAACACGAACAUGUUACUAAAGCUCCAUUGCAAGUUGAUGCAGUGUUACUGUUCAUAAAAUGCCUUCUGUAGCUGUCAUUACCACAGAAGCCCCAUAAAUUAAGGCACCAGUGGUAGCCUGGUUGUUUACCCAAGAGCAGUUAUGCACAUCCCAGCUUUUGGAUUAUAGUGCCAUGUGUGUUAUGAUGUGUGAAGUUGGAAUAACAUGAAAGAUGUAUGUUACUUGACCUGUAGAAUGAAUGCAGUAGGCUUGAGCUCUGCCAUCUAUUGAAAGUGACUUGUGCAGCUGUUCACAGAAGUUUUCAGAGCAUAGAAACUAUGAAAAGCUCAGUUAAAUUGUGGUUUAAGCACACAUCAUAAAUUGAAAGGUUCACCCUACACUUAUGCAUGAACCACAAAAUGCAGUUUUAAAUUUGAGGCUUUGUGCCAAUGUCACAAGAAAUUAGGGAGUUUUAGAAAUAGCGUCCUCAAGCAGCUUUGCAUGCCCAAAAACAUAAACUCCUUUGUAUGCCUCUUGCAUUCUUUUGUAGUCUCUUUGCAUUCUUUUGUAUGCCUGGCCAUUAGCAUUCCUUAACUUUGGGUUUUCUAUUUCUAAAACUCCCUAUUUUUUAUUUUUCAUGGAUUCUGGGAUCAAAAAACUUCUGCAACCAGCUGUACCAUGUAUAUGAAUGCACUUUGUAAGAGGCAGAGCACAUGAACAGGACUGGUAUUCACAUAACUUCUUUUACGUAACAGUGUUCCCUUUUUGGCUGGCUUUUGGGCAUCUGUGAUUCGUGAUAGUAGUCUGCAUGAUGAGACAAUUACCAUGUGGACAGCCGCAAACAGCACUUACGUGAGAGAAGUUUCGUGAACACAGUUCCAGGUCUGCAGCUCAGAAAAAAAUAUGCAUUGCACAACUCAUUUCAGCAUAAGAAGAGCAAGAAUCUCGCUUUUGUUGUUAUCUUAGGGAAGCACACUGGUGCAUUGCUGGUGUUUUCCUACUGUAGAAGCAUUACUGUGUCCUGUGUAAGUGGCUUCUGUCUUUCAAGCCUUUGCCAACUUUGUGUAAUGCCAAACAUGCUGCAGCUUCAGUCAUCCAAAAACUGCCCUGUGCAUCUACUACACAUAAACUUUCUAUGAUGCAAACAUUUUGAUGCAUGGUUAACUGUCCAUUGUCUUUUUAAAGACUGCCAAUUUUGCCCACAUGUGAAGUGGUGGCAAAGCUCAUUGAGAGGUGCUUUUACAGGAGCCCUUGUGCACUUGCAUCUGCUACUCAAGGUACUCUCCCAGAAGCAGUCAAGAAGCACAUCUACGUUAUUGACAACUGUGCAGGUCAGCCAUUGAAAUAUUCCUUUCAUAGUGCAGCUUAUUGUGGUGGAAGCCUCUUGGGAGAAGUGAGCUUUUCAGGAAGACCCAACACUAUGUUGCUUUCUUUUUAAUGUGGCCCUUUAGUAGUAGGCUGAAUGUGAGUUGAGGUGUGUGGACUCAAAAUGAAGUGCUAUGUGAAGCAUAGAAAUCAUCUCCUACAGGUAUGCCAACUUUUACUGCAUUAGCACAUAACUGGUGCCUGACAUUUGAUAGCAACUUAGGCUGAGUAAUUGAAAUACUGAAAUCUCACCACUACAUUUUUUUCUUCAUCAGAAAAAGAAAAGAUAAUCUGUCAAGUGAAAUGCCCUUGCUCUUUUUUAUUAGAAUUUUAUUAGAAGUAGAUAAGCAUUACAGUGUGACUUUAUUUAUUAUAUUGAUCUCAUUUGUUAGUAAAAUUACAACUAAAUAUUGACAUAUUGCGACUUCAUUACUGUUAAGUUAAAUUUGGUGCCUGUAACCCACAGUGUGCCCAUGAUCUGGAUCCUGUACGAGCUCUGAGACCUCAUUUAAAUAGCUGCUCCAUUGUAUAGCUUAAAAUGCAAGAAUGCUUCAUAUGGUAGGUGAAGGCAAUCAUCUUUUUUCUAAUACCCCCCAAAUGUUGUUUUAAACCUUCGAACCUGUAGGUCCAACUUAUGAAGCACAGCCAAAUGAGCCAUAAGGAACACAUCCAAGCAAAAAUCAUACUAAUAAUUACAGCAAACAGACUCAAAAUAGUUGUUCUGUUGAUACAUGCUUGUGAACAGAGUUCCACAAUAAUGGAGAAUGUUGCAAAAAUGUGCCAGUUGAUUUUUGCACUGUCUCUAAUUCUUAGUGCAUGGAUGCAUAACAUACAAUGUGUACAGGGUUAAACCUAAAAGAAAUUGGUGUUAAGUUGGAGGUCCGAAUGAUGCAAAAGCUUGAUGUAGGCUGUGAGUUAAAGGAAAAGGAAAUGUCUACAGCACAUUUGUGUGCAAUAUGGUCUUAUUUCAAAUCCUGUUUCAUGAGUGCUAGUGAAAAGUUCAAUGCCAAUUUUAUCUUUAGGGUGAUUUACAUCCUGUAUUUCAGCAGGCAGUGCAAGGAGAGUUCACAUGCGAACUAUGCCAAUCCCCCUUUUCAAAUAAUUGAACUUAGCUGGAGGAAACUCCUUUUGGGGUAGUCUUUGGGAUGUAACAAAAGUUUUGGAUGUCUUAAUGGAAAUUUAUAUUUUUCAUGCCAACAAUCUAUCAUGGUAUGUUUAAUUUUAUAAUAUGUUGGCCCCCCAACAUUCAUAUGGACAAUCACUCAAAUGAAAGCAUUAAAAUUGGCUUAUGCUGGUGCAGCGAAAUUGAAACAAUACUAUAUACAGGCUUGUUUAAUUUUCUGCCCAUAAACACCAACCUUUUGUGUUGCUUUGCUUGAUAACACUAGACGUAGCUUAAUUGGCAACAGGACAGUUGACCUCUUUUUAGCUUGAUUUAGUGACUUUCACUGUGAGAGGCCAUUCUGGCUACCGAAAGACAUCACGAGCCAGAUAUUAUUAAAAAAUAUUUUCAUUCUCUUUUGUACACUUGCAGUACAGAAAGAACAAACUUUGUGCCGAUUGCUCUGGCCAUGACCUGCUCUUGAAUGUAAUUGUUAAAAGUUUGUGGCAAAGGCAUGUUAUAAUAUUGGUUUUUGUUAGAUAAAUGUCCAAAGAAAGUGCUAGCUAGCACUCUAGUGUGCUUUCCUGGGCAUUUGCUCAUUUUUUACUGUGUCUUGCAGCUGUGGCAGUGGAUAAAAAAUUUUUUUCAUUUGCAGUUUUAUUUUAGUCAGCAUUUUCGUCAUUUUAGUCAAGUGGCUGGUAGAAGCACUUAUUAAGCAAUAUAAAAAACUUAAAUAUUCUGCACUUACCCACUUAAUGAAGAUGAGACAUUGCAAUUUACAGCAUGGCUGUGCUGAGAGCAAAAAUGCAGGAAUGAAAAUAUUUACAAAAAUUUACUUUAGUUUGUAAGAAACAUCACGGUAAAAAAACUGUACUAUCUUUUUUUUUUUUGCCAGGCUAAUGUAAAUAUGCAUGUUUUUUCAUGCGACAAUAUCUUUAUAAUAAGUUAGAAGAAAGGGAAUCGAGGGUCUCAAUUUUUUGUUAGCCACAAUCAUAAGAAGCCAACAACAGACAAUGACACUAAGGAAAGCAUAGGGGAAAUUAUUUGUAGUUUUUAAUUGAACUGUAGAAAAUGAUAAAUAAAUGGAAAUGGAAGUGGAUGAAAGAAAAACUGGCCACAGGUGGGAUACAAACCAAUGUAUUUGCAUUACAUGUGCAGUGCUCUUAACUAGUGAGCUACCACAGUGUUGUUUUCCUGUCCACUUUCUGGAGUAUUUAUGUGUGUACUAGAACUAGCUAAAUUUCAAUUUAUUUACCAUUUUUUUUAAAUUAAAUUAAAAAAAUUGAAUAAUUUUCCAUAUGCUUUCCUUGGUGUCAUUGUCUGUUGGCUUCUUGUGAUAUCUUUAUAAAGACUGUCAGUCACUUUUAUUCCACUGAAUUCUGUGUCACAGUGAUUCACUCACACUAAUGAGUACUCUUUCUUAAGCUAAUGAAAACUAAACACAUUAAUGCACACUAGAGUAUGUAUCACAGCGACGAAUGAAAGUUCAUGUCCCUGUUUACACUGCACACAUUUUUGUGCACUUCUCUGCAGCUGGAAGUAUCAACAUAUAAAAAAGAUAUAUAUAAUGUGUUGAUGAACUCUGUUCACUCAUGAUCAGCUUUUUCUUUAUUCAGCUAUGUUUAUCAUUGGAUAAAGUGGAGAAUACAUUUUACAGCUGUCCCAUUUGUACUAUCUUUAAUAUCCAAUGCAAGUAUUAUUUGACUGCUGACAGGUUACAAGCUAUGAUUGAAGCUAAUGCAUAGGCAGUCCACUUAGGUAGAAAAACGAAUUCUCACAUGUACACAUUCUAUAGUUCAACAGAUACAAAGUGAGCUCAGCAUGGCAGACAAGGACACAGGAAAGAAAGACACAGACACGGUGCUGCACUGUGUGUGUCAAUCUUUCUGUGUCCUCGCCUUCUGUGCUGUGCUUGUUUUGCGAUGAAUUGCCAACUAGCCCAAGCCUUUACACUUUUUAAACGAUAUGUUUGGUUUCUAAGGUAUACUUCCCAGAUUCAGUCUAAUUGUGUACCUUAUUGGGCUCUCUGAAAUGACUGCUUUGUAAAAAAAUGAAAACAUACGUAUUAUGCAAAUUAUUUACUACAGUUUUAAUGUGUGUGUGGCAGUUGUGUGCACCCUUUGUCUCUGUUAAACUCAAGCUAUGUGUGAUUUUUGCAUAAAUGCGCACCACAGCAGGCUGUAGAAGUGACAAUAUUUUAACCUAAUCAUCUCGGAUGUGUAUUUGUCAAUAGGUCAACAAAACUUCAGCUCCAUCUUUGUCAUGAAUGGAAAACUGCUGGAGAUUGCCAAGCUGGAAAGUGGCCAACAAAAUGUAGGGUGUUGGUGUGUGAUUUUUCGUUCUAGUCUAGAAUCAGCAUUGUUUUGUCAAUACAAGAACAUUCAACUGACAACAGCCCCUGAAGCACUGGUAGCUGCAUAUGCAUACAGCCCUGCCAGCUUGGGCCUUAACUAAACGCUCAAGCUUUGUCAAAGAACCUAGGCGUUUCUGGAGGCCAAUUAAUUUACGCAACACUAAAAAGCAAGAUGCAACCAGAGCAGUGACAUAUGAGGUGCUGUCUGGAGCAUAGCCAAGUUAUCACCUAACUGUAGACAAGUGGUUGUCACAGGGAGGUGCACAUAGACAAAAGGCACAAAGUGGCUACCGUCUGUAAUGGGGUUGGCAGUGGUAACACCAGCUGUGUUGAAUGUGUGAAAAGAAACGCUGACAAAGGUGUUUCCUUGUACCAAAGUAUGAUGCUGUCUGUGUGCUGCUUAAUUCUUGUGUGCCAUUGAACUUGUACAUAACAGCAUGACUGAUCCAUAAUCCUGUUUCGCAAAUAGGUUAUGGAUACAUAUAGUUUAAAUGUGUAUUAUUUUCCAGUCUCGUGGCAGGUAAACCUAACUUAUAAAAUAUAGUUUUUUUUUUUUCACAGGAUAUUGUUGUGUGUACACACAUAUGUACAGUGGCCUGUGUUUUUAUUCUACCAACUUUAAAAGCAGAUUUUGCAUUUACCACUGUUUUGUUAUUGCUCAGGUUUCUCAGAAAGAUUGCAUUUUUUCAGUCUGAAUUGCUCAGCAAAAUGCAUGGAAUCUUUGCUUGACUGUUUCCUCCUCCCCCUAAAAAAGAACUACCGUUAUAUAUGCACCACACCUUGCCACUAGAGAAGCAAGCCACUGCAGCAGAGAUGUGGACUGGUUUCACUGCCUGUAGGUAACUAAAGGUCAUUACAAACCAGCCAAACAAUGAUGCCAAAUGUUUUAUUGGAUGAUGCAGACCAAGAAAUGCAAUCUUGUUGCAGUAUUUGAGCAAAAACAAAGCAGCAGUAAGCCAAAAACCUUCUUUUAAAGCUGUUACAAUAAUAAUGAAUGUCACUAUAUAUACAUAUAUACAUUCAUAUUUGCAUAUAUAUAUGUACAUGUGUACACAUACACAUUGAAAAACUUGUUGCAUUUGCACUUCUUUGAGCUUUUCUGGUUGUAUACCUUGUGCUAACAGUGUGCUCCUUUCCACUGCUGCCGCAAUGUCAAAGGAGGCAUAUUACUAUCAUACUGGUCAAGCCAGAGACUUAGUACCUAAGGUGUUUGUAUUAAAGGGAAGCUUCUGUUUUCCUUUUAACUACAUGUGUUUCAAAUAAACAUUAAAAAGAAGUGUUCUUCCAGGA